AUGGUACGACCUACUUGCUAUAGUUCCAUCACCAGGUUUCAAAGUACAAUCGCUGCCACGAGCAAAGUCACAUCACAAGCGAACACACUAACGAAAUCGUUUGCAAAACCUCAGGACGAUCUUCACAAGCAUAUAUCAGCACUUAAGCUCUCAUCCAACGGAUCAAGGGAUUUAUACGCAAUUAUGCGAUUAUACAAUAUGCCAUAUCUAGUGACAAAGGGGGAUAAAAUAUACUUACCAUACAAGAUGAAGAAUGUCAAAGUUGGUGAUGUUUUAAACUUGAAUGAUGUGACAACAUUGGGCUCUACAAACUACACUUUGAAUAUUAGCACUGGCAUUGAUCCUUCUAUCUACGAGCUACAAGCAAGCGUUGUUGAGAUAACAAGAGAACCUCUUUAUCAAGUUGUGAAAAAGAAACCAAGAUGUAGAAGAACAAAGACAUUCAACGUUGAGCCAUUCCAAACCGUAUUGAGGAUUAACGAGCUAAAGUUAAAGUAA